AUGGCGUCGUUUGUAUCCGAGAAUGUUGCUGCAGAGAAAAUGGAUGCCAUGAACAAGUUCGAGAGAACGAGAAAGUUUUGGAAGAUUCUUCAAGUGAUUGAAGUUCUCGUUGCCGUGUUACUUCUACUCUCUUGGUUGACGCCUUUUCUCUCCGCCGGUGAAUACCUCCGGUGGGUUCUUUCCGGUGGUUUAACCCGUGGAAUAUUCAUCUUCGGGGUCGUGAACGUUCUCAUCGCCCUCAUUUUCUCGUUAUCUAACCGCAACAAGCUAAUCGAGCCGGAUCUUUAUGUUCAAUACGUUUCCUCCUCCGCCACUACAACUAUCGACGGAGAGGAUCGACCGAUGAGGCGAGAGAUGGUCCGGGCGGUGAGCUACGUCGGGGAGACAGAUCAUGUUAUAAGGAGGAAGUAUGACAUGACGUUUUUGCCCACAGGGACUAGUGAGAGUAGAGCUAGUGAUCAGGUUUACAGAAGGUCGAGAUCGGAGAGGCUUGAUCGGCGAGGAGGUUUUCGUCGGAGCAUAAGAGGCUUAUGCGAGAUUGAUGAUCUGAGCAGUGAUGAGUUUAGAUCAACGGUGGAGAUGUUUAUUGCAGGGAAGAAGAAGAUGUUGUUGAAGGAAUGGAUGAAGCCAUAA